AUGGAGCCAUCAGAAUCAGAUGGCCGCCUACCGCCGCUUAAUCGAUCCGGUGUCCUGGAGAAGUCGAACUCCCUCGAGGAGGCAUACAAUAAGGUGGCACAAAAGGGACAGACCUCGGCGCCUGAAGACCCGGAAGACGAAGUGGAGUUUCACUACAUCUGCGUCGCAAGAUCCCGGGUGGACGGGCAACUGUACGCCCUCGAUGGAGAUUUGGACGGUCCCGUCGCUUCAGGCUUGCAGCUUGCUCCAGGCGAGGACAUGCUGAGCGAGCGCUGCGUGGCCUACUUCAAAGAACUGAUCGGUGGAGUGAUUGCCAAGCAGGGUGACAGCGUCAACUUCAACCUCAUGGCUUUAGUGGAGGGCUCAGUUUGA